AUGGCAUGGGGGCGCAUGGACUUGAAAAUCAUGAGCACAUUACCUACUCUGGAGAAAAGGGAGGAAAAGAGGAGAGCAAGUGUGCAGUUGCUGAAGCAUUUUAGUGAGGAGGAUUCAAAAACAAAGAGUCUUUUGAUUUUCUGGGCAAUCCAAGGUCUAGGUCUCUCAUUAGGAGGUGGUUAUAGGAUAAAGCUUAUUGACAUAACGGUUGCCCAACAGAAGGUGGGCUUCGUGAGGCUGCGGACUUGCAGAAAAUCAAAAUAUUGA